AACUUGGUAAAAAAACCAAGGCUGACCUGACCUGAGGGAGAGCAGCCGAGACAUUGGUCCCUUGGUCCUGGUCUUGGUCUUGGUCUUGGUCUGGCUUUCUUUCUUGGAUGACGCCGGCAUCACCUCCAUCACCACCGCUUUACUCUUCCUAUAUAGGAUACAAAACACAACACAAGACAACCCAUUGAAGAGAAGAGCAUGUCUCUCUCCGUUCUUCCCAUUUCACCUUCUUCUUUUCACUCCAUUAGAAUUAACACCCUUCUUCCCUCUUCUUCUUCUUCUUCUUCUUCUUCUUUCUUCUUUUCCCCUUCUUCUUCUUCUUCCCUCAGCUUGAACAGACUGCGCAGGCUCUCCUUUUGUCAUAGCUUCACCCCUGAACAAGAUGGGGUUGCAUCAUCCGACGACUACGAUGAUGAUGAAGAAGAACAAGUAUUAGAAGCUUUGAAACAAGAAGCUAAUGUCUUGGGGUUGACAGAUGGGUCUUCCUCUCUCUUGCCUGACAGAUGGGAUGUCUUGGGCCUUGGCCAAGCCAUGGUGGACUUCUCUGGCAUGGUGGAUGACGAGUUUUUGGAGAAGUUGGAAUUGGAAAAGGGGACGAGGAAGGUCGUGAACCAUGAAGAGAGAGGAAGAGUUUUGAGGGCAAUGGAUGGUUGUAGCUACAAGGCUGCAGCGGGUGGCUCUCUUUCCAACACUCUGGUUGCCUUGGCAAGGCUUGGUAAUAAGCCUAUUGGGGGUCCUCCUCUCAAUGUUGCCAUGGUUGGCAGCGUUGGGAGUGAUCCGUUGGGCAGCUUCUACAGGGCGAAAUUGCGGCGUGCAAAUGUAAACUUUCUUUCCGAACCAAUCAAGGAUGGGACAACCGGUACAGUGAUAGUUCUCACAACUCCAGAUGCCCAACGAACUAUGUUAUCGUAUCAGGGUACAUCAUCAAACAUUAAUUUUGAUCCUUGCCUAGCUAAGACAAUUUCCAAUACAAAGAUUCUUGUAGUUGAAGGAUAUUUAUUCGAGCUUCCCGAUACAAUCAAAACAAUCAAGAAAGCAUGCGAGCAAGCAUGCCGGAGUGGUUCCUUGGUUGCCAUCACAGCAUCUGAUGUCUCUUGCAUUGAGAGACACUACGAUGAAUUCUGGGAAAUUGCUGGCAACUACGCAGACAUCAUAUUUGCAAAUAGCGAUGAAGCUAGAGCUUUAUGUGAUUUUGCAACAGAGGAAAGUCCCGUUGCUGCUGCAAGGUAUCUAAGUCAUUUUGUACCUCUAGUCUCGGUCACAGAAGGACCAAGAGGAUCCUACAUUGGUGUGAAAGGAGAAGCUGUAUACAUUCCCCCUUCUCCUUGCGUACCAGUCGACACUUGUGGUGCAGGCGAUGCUUAUGCGUCUGGUGUUUUGUACGGUCUGUUACGAGGCAUGUCAGACUUGAGAGGCAUGGGCAGCCUAGCCGCUCGAAUAGCUGCUACUGUAGUUGGACAACAGGGCACUCGCCUUAGAGUUCAAGAUGCGGUAAAGUUGGCUGAAUGUUUUGCAUUCCAUCUUGAUAGUAGUAGUAGUAGUAGUUCAAAUUCAAGUUCCACUGGUAAUAUUCAGUCAGAUUUUGGGUCAGAUCAUAUAUCCAGUUGUUAGUGAGAUAUCAUAUUUAUUAGCGGGAAUAUACUCAUUUGGUACCUUAUGUUUUUGCAAAAUAUCAUUUUGGUACCCUCUGUUUUCAAUAAUGCUCAUAUGGUACCCUGUAUUUUAAAAUCGUACAUAUUUGGUACCCUAAACUCAGAUUUGAUUGAUAAAAUUUUGUCAAUAUGAUCAAACUGUCAUCAGUUAUAUAUAAUUAUGUAAUUAAAUUUAAAUUUGUAACUUACAUAAUUGACAGCAGUUUGAUUAAAUUGACAAAAUUUUAUCUAUCAAAUCUGAGUUUAGGGUACCAAAUAUGUACGAUUUUAAAAUACAGGGUACCAUAUAAGUAUUAUUGAAAACAGAGGGUACCAAAAUGAUACUUUGCAAAAACAUAAGGUACCAAAUGAGUAUAUUCCCUUUAUUAGCUGAUAUCCAUGUGUUCAUAUCUUUUAUACAUUGUACAUGGAAACAUUAUUUUGGUGCCAAAAGGAAAAUUGAGAAAAACAUUGUUUGAAGAAAGAAGGCAUUAAUGGCCCUGGUUAUGGAAUCAUGAUCAGAUAUGUUUAUAUAGAUAUAUGUAUGGACAAAACAAGAUGUGACAUGAUGAACUGUUUACUUUCAUGGCUUUGGAUUAAGAGCAAGGGACCUUUUCUCCUAUCCACAACUGAAUUCUUUAGCAGAGUCUUCUUCUAAGCAACUCAGGACCAAGCAAUAGUUAUCCUGAGCCAUAUGAUGACUAGAAAUCAUUGUAAUUGUAAUCUUUCUUUCUGAAAUAUUUGUCAAGUUGUUGAAUUGAUGAGUUGAGAAUUGGAAUGAAUGAAAACCCAUUUUCAUUUAGAAGAACAACUCCAGAAAGGAAUCAAAAGCUUGAUUAAAUUUGUAAUAAGGUUUAUACAUUUUUAGAUUCUGUGUUUUGACAAAUUA